AUGGUGCUGGAGAACAAAGUGGACAAAAUACCCAAAGGCACACGACCGGUUAAGUUUGCACAGCCAGACAAGGUCAAUGCCUUCUGUGAAGUUCAAAAUCUUCUUUUCGCGCGCACUACUGCCAAACAGAACGCUAGAGCACAUGAAUGGGAUGGUGGACUUUGCAUUUUCGAAGCAGUGCAGCGUUUGGUGUUACAUAUCCACAAGAUUCGAACUGGUCCACUUCUCCCUAACGAGCAAGAAGAUACUACCAUGACCGACGACAAGACAGAACCUGUCAUACUUAUCGAUUCUGUUGUCAGCACGCCCAAAGCUAUGGGUGAAUGUGGAGGCUGCAACACUCACUAA